CCACGUUCCAUCGGCUCUCCCAAUUGCCCUCCCGGCUUAGCUGUUCUUCCCUCUCACACCUCUCUCUUCUCUUCUUCUUCUUCUUCUUCUUCUUCUUCUUCUUCUUCUUCUUCCUCCUCUUCUUCUAUCCUCCUCUCUUCUCUUCUAUUUAUCCCGUUCUUAUAUUUCCCUCGAACUCGGGUUUCUUCUGUUCAUUUUCCCACUCGUGUGUUUACUUGUGAGCAUUAGUAGAGCGUUCGACAUUGUCUUAUUCGUCGUUCUAUUAUUUCUAUAAUCCAUUCCCCACGUUUCGUCGCGGUAAAGAAACACUCCGAAGCAAUUCAGUGAGUUGGUCGAUUUUCCGUGAAACAGUUGGGUAUGUCCAGAUCACCCAACACCUCCGCUGAACUGUCCGGUACUAAUCCAUUUCGUAGACUAUACAGGAAUUUUG